AUGGCCCCAGACGGAAAAUUGCUGCUUCGAAAUGCUCGCCCAUAUGCGUUUUCUUGCCCUGCUGCAACCACGGCUCUGGUAAUAAUUGAUAUGCAGCGAGACUUCCUAGACCCAGAUGGCUUCGGGUCUGUUGUUUGCGCAAAUCCUGCUGCCUUUUCAUCUGCUCGCAAAAUCGUUCCCAAUGUCCGGAAGGCGCUAGAAGCCGCCCGAUCUAUUGGCAUGCAUGUUAUUUUCACCAGAGAAGGCCAUCUUCCAAACCUCUCCGAUCUGCCCGCCGCGAAGAGGUUGAGGCAAACGAGCGCACCAAACGGCAGCAAAUCACUGGGCAUUGGCGAUGAGGGCCCCAUGGGAAAGCUGCUUGUAAGAGGCGAGAAAGGCCAUGAUAUUAUCGACGAACUGAAGCCACAUCCUGGAGAACCAAUUAUAGAUAAGCCUGGGAAAGGGAGUUUUUGGGGCACUGAAUUCCAUCGAUUGUUGUUGGCCAGGGGCAUUACACAUUUGAUCCUUGCUGGAGUAACGACUGAAGAGGGCAAUGACAGAGGCUAUGAAUGCUGCGCUCUAUCAGACUGUACAGCAGGAUUUAACGAAAAUAUGGUAGCCACGUCCUUGGAUAUUCUUUGCUGUCAAAACGGCCUUUUCGGAUAUGUCGGCCACGGCUCAGAGUUCGCUGCGGAAGUAGAGCAAUUUUGCCAGCUUAUUCCGUCCUCAGCUGAUUAUAAUCUCAACUCUCCAACGCUUCCUUCUAUCGAUCAACUCAGGAGCCUCUACAAGGAUGGUCGUAUCACGCCAGAAGCCAUUAUAAUUUCUGUGUUUGACCGCAUAGCAAAGUAUGAGAAUAUCAAUCCCGCUGUUUGGAUCUCUAGGCAAUCUCAAGAGGAUGUAUUAGCGGCUGCUAGAAAGUUAUCUGCAACAUAUGCUGGAAAGCCUCUCCCGCCUCUUUUUGGCAUCCCGUUUGCCAUAAAAGACAACAUUGAUGUUGAAGGGGUGGUCACUACAGCAGCAUGCGAAAGCUACGCAUAUACGGCCACUUUUACAGCUCCGUCAAUUCAACAUCUACUCGACGCGGGGGCAAUCUAUAUAGGGAAAUUGAACCUUGAACAGCUUGCAACUGGCUUGGUGGGACGUCGCUCGCCCUAUGGUGAUCUGCACUGCUUCCACAGCAAAGAUCACGUCCCCGGUGGCUCAUCUUCCGGAUCUGCAGUCGCCGUCGCCGCUGGACUUGUUUCCUUUGCCAUUGGAACUGAUACAGCGGGGAGUGUUCGUGCCCCUGCUGCCUUUAACGGCGUCGUUGGCUUCAAACCCACCAAAGGCACAAUCUCCGCCAGAGGUGCGGUGCCUGCAUGCCAGAGUCUCGAUACAAUUGGCGUUUUAGCACCUUCCGUGGCCGAUGCAAGACAGGUUUGGUAUGUGCUUGAUCGGCACGAUUCUCUCGAUCCAUAUGCCAAACCACCGGCAAGUUUGCCAACGUGGGCGGUGGAUUUCCGAGGACCAAAAGAAGGGGGCUUUACCUUUGGCGUACCUCCAGAUUCCCUUUUACAUCUGUGUUCAAAGGAAUACCAAGAGAUGUUUAGAAAGGCUGUUGAUACACUGCAGUCAAUUGGAGGAACGCUCGUUGAGAUCGAUUACACGCCAUUUGCCACAGCGGGCGAUCUCAUUUACGGUGCAUCCCUUAUUCACGAACGUCUCGCUUCAAUCGGCUACGAGUUUCUCUCAGAGAAGAUUGACACACUUCAUCGGACGACUAAAUUAGUUAUCCAGAAGGUUCUGUCGUCGGAUUUGAAAGGCUGGGAGGUAUAUAGAGACCAGGCCAUACAAAUGGAAUGUACUGCCAAAGGACGACAAGUCUUCAAUAAGUUCGAAGACGGUAUUGACGUUUUAGUCAUGCCAACCGUGCCAUGGCAUCCGACUAUACAAGAAAUAGAAGAAAGUCCGAUUACUCCGAAUUCCAAGAUUGGUAUCUUCACACAUCCAGGGAAUGUCAUUGAUUUAUGCGGAGUCAGCGUCAAUGCCGGAUGGGCCGAAGAUGGAGGAGUCCGGCUACCAUUUGGCAUCACAUUCCAAGGCGGCAGCGGAUAUGAUGGCAAAGUGCUGGAUAUUGCAGCUGCUUUUGAAAAGGAUUUAGCAGAAAAGAACAUUUUGGUUCAAUAGCAUAGAGGGCCUAUAGCAUCAACGAGAGAUG